AAUCUCCGACCAAGAUUCCAUCUAAUGACUUAGACAACACACAUUGAUCGUUGUACACAUACAAUGUCGAUGUUUCCCUCGUUCCAAUUACUAGAACUCAACAUAAUCUCCGCACAGGAACUAGCUCCCGUCUCCCGUAAAAUGAAGACUUACGCCGUGGCUUGGGUUCACUCCCAGCGUAAACUCACAACCCGCGUCGACUACACCGGCGCCGCGAACCCAACUUGGAACGACAAGUUCGUUUUCCGGGUCAGCGAGGAUUUCCUCUACGCAGAUACUUCAGCCGUGGUAGUCGAAAUCUACACAUUGCAUUGGUUCCGCGACGUUCACGUCGGCACAAUCCGUGUCCUCAUCAGCAACCUAAUCCCGCCAAAUCGUCGACCUGGAUACCGAAGCAACGAAGAGUAUCGCCAUACUCCACCUCUCGGGAUGAGAUUCGUGGCGCUUCAAGUUCGCCGGCCAUCUGGUCGACCUCAGGGGAUAUUGAACAUCGGUGUGGGCAUCCUUGACGGAUCUAUGCGAAGUUUGCCGCUUUACACGCACAUGGACUCUUCUGCGGUUGGUCCCAAAGACUUGCUGGGCGAAGAGGAGCCGUAUUUGCAUCUUAACAGCUUCAAAGGGAGCUUCAAGAAUCCGCAAUCUCCAUCGUCGAAACAGUACCAAUCCGUAGUCUCGAAACCACCGAUGCUCCGCCGUACGAGGAGUGAUACGAGCUCGAUGGUUGUUUCCGAUCUUUUAAGCAGAGCUGAGCGGAGCCGUGUGGCUAAUACGAAACAUGUGAGCAGCAAUUCGGAAACUACGUCGGGACACCAUACGACGACGACGGAUUCCGAUGAUAACAAGUCUCCUUAUGAAACUCCUAACAUUCCUAGGGAGAGAUACGAUUCGUUCGAGCUAGAUUUCGUGGAUCAAUUAAGCGAGAACAACGAUGUGAUGCCGCCUAGAAGCGAGAGAUACGACGAUGAGUCGCCUUAUCGAUCGUAUGAUCAUUCACGCAAAACUCCGAGAAGAACGCCAAAGCCGCCGCCCAGGGACUAUGAUCGUGGCAGCAAUCGCGCUUCCCCGUACUUGUCGAAGCACGGAACGCCGUUGAGGUCGAACAUCGUCGCCUCUACUCCGAUCAGAUCUAACAUCCUAGCGGCGACGCCGUUACGAUCUAACAUCGUCGGAUCUACUCCGAUAAGAUCUAAUAUCGUCGGAUCGACUCCGAAACGAUCUAACUACAGAUCAACACCGAUGAGAUCUAAUUUAGCAGGACGCUUGAUUUUAACCGAAUCGGAGUUAGGUCCGUCAUCUUCAGGAGUAACGAAUCAGAAAUCGAAAGAGAGAUCGCAAGCUAACGACACUGAGAGUUCGAUCCUCAGCGAGUGGAGCCUCGACGACGAUAGCAACAUUGAAGGUCUCCGCUCGAAACUCGAGCGAUGGCGGACGGAGCUUCCUCCGCUUUACGAUCUUGGAUCAAGUCAUCAAAGCAGCGAUGUAGGGAGGGAGAUUGUUCCUGUAUCGGCAAACGGAGGCGGAGGGAAGAGCUCGAGGCGGAAAACUCCGACGGCGAAGAAGAAGAAGAAACAUAACCGCCGUCAUACCGAGGGAGGAAACGGUCUUUUCUCGUGUUUUAGUAAUCUCUGCGGUGUUGAAUGCACAUUUGUUUGUGGAGGCGGGUCGGAUCAUGACGGGUCGAAAAGGAAAGGUGGGUCCAAGGGUCUGCCUCGUUUAGCCUCAUCCGCUGAUGAUUUGAGUUAUUUGUAAUUUUUUUUUUACAUUUUUAGAUUUAGAUCAAUUAAUAUGUCAAAACAAAAUAGACUGACCAAUAUCCUCUUUUUUUUGGAGAGUACAGUAUGUGAAUGAAAAAAAUUGUGAAUAAUUUAUUCAAUCCUAUUUUAAAUGUCACAGAAAAAAUUAUUUUAUGGUCAUUUUUAAAAUUCGUUCUAAAAAUAAUCAAAAAGCAUAUACAAAUACCAAAUAUUAAAAUAAAUAAUAGGAAGUGAGAAUGUUCUUAGAAUAAUUUCAGUAUUUUAACUUACCAUCUAGACUUGAUUUUGAUGAUAUUUUAACAAACUUUAGUUAGUUAAUUAAAAUUCAAUAUCUUUUGAAAAUGUGAACCAUUAAGUAUAAAUACAUGUUAAAGGAAAUUUUCAAAGACAUCUGGAGUUUUUAUUUGGAGUACUAUUUACUGUUUCUUAUAUAUUUUAAUAUAUUUUUUUAGUGAUGAGUUUUAUUAGAUAUCUUGCAUCUUCUUUAAGACAUAAAUAUUGAUAUAUAUAUCUUCAUGAAUUACUUUCAGAGAAAAUAAAAAGAGGAAGACAAAAAAAAAAACCUAUCCACCAAAACUAUUUGUGACUUAAAUAAAAGACUAAAUGGCUAUGGAAAUGUUGGAAUGAAUUAAUCUUCAAUUCUAAAGUAUGGUCUCCAGGUGUCCUUCACUCAAAGAUAACUGAUGAUCUUGUAGAGUGGCAUCGAUUUAAUCAGAUUCCUACAACAACAACUAGAUGUAUCAGCAUUAGUACUCCUGAUGCGGUAAUUAAGUUUUGGCAACCGUCGUCACCGGAAGAUUGGGUUAAAUGCAAUUAUGAUGUUUCUCACCAUUUAGGUCGUCAAGAAUCAGGAACGGGUUGGAUUAUACAAAAUAAAUAUGGUUAGUUCUUGACUGUGGAAUGGGCAUAUUUGAAGGUCGAAGUACAAUAGAAGAAGGUGAAUGUACUGCCUUAAUUUGGGCUAUACAGGCAGCUUACUCAUUUUUUUUUUUUUUGGUAAAAUGUUAAAUAUUAUACCAAGUUUUCAAGUUUGUGACAGAAAUUACAAAGACAACUAGUAGCGGAUUACGGAAAUUAAACUAAACAUCAAAACCUAAUACAGACAAUUCAAACUUUGAUUACAAACAUGAUUUGAACAAAAAUCUACACCUAACUAAACAUCUUUAGCUUCGCUCGACCACCUCUAAACCGGCGCAAUCCGCUAAAUAGUUCAGUUAUCCUUAGACUAUCAAUCCCCGUUCUCAACCGUUGAUAGAAAGCAUUCGAGGGUAGCGUUCACCAAGUUUCCUUGGUUGCCGGUUCAUCUUAUGCCAUCAACAGAGUAGCUGGAUCUUGAAGAUCUCCUCACGCUCGCAAUCUCAGCUGAAUUAAGCGCAUAGUUGAGUGAAUAGACCCGAGAGUUCAUAGCUGAACCAACCGGACUGGACGCCAAGGCGUGAGCACUCAACACCUAACAAGACCGGUUGAACUGUAGCUGCCUUGUCUCGUCGAAGCGGUACCUGCAGUAAGAAGAAAGAAGGCAUCCUACCGAAGCUUGCAAGGACAGACUCCGAUACUGGGAAGGACAACACUCCAAGUGCAUCGCCACGGACAGAGAGGAAGACUCCGAAAACUCACGAAGCACCACUAAUGUCCACGCACUCCACCUCUUAGAACAAGAGGGAGGUUCUUCACUCAAAACCGUAGCCAACGGUGCGACGUUGGCCACACUAACCAUGAAGAACAAUACCCAAGAACUCUUCACUUAGAAGAGAAACCACCAGACAAGGCCAUGAACUGAAAGGCGAAGACCGGAGCAAAGUACCAAGAAGUGACGCCAAAGCGCAGACAACUCCACGCGCCACCAAGCUUGCUACUUUACACGCACCGUCGGAUACUUCAAACGACACCGCCGGAGGAAGCGAGACCGACGCACGCCUUGAAGGUAAACUACCGUCGAAGUCCGAACUGAGCGGAGUAGAAAGACUCCUCCUGCACCAAGACGCCAAGGCGGAGAAGACAGAGCCGCCACCACCGCACCACACAGACAAAGAUCCGAACAGAUCUGUGUCAGGAGAGCCGAUUCAGUGAAGCACGCGCCAGCAAGCUCCGGCUAGAUCCAGAUCGAACAAAGGGGAAAAACGUCAAUCUGAAUCAAACCACCGUAAAAGCCGACCUCGCCACAUCCUGACCACCUUAGCCUCACCGCAACUCCGGAGGAAGCCGACCACCUGACAGACCCAUCACCAGCGUCCCGGAUCUGAAGAUCUGAUGGUGGAUCGACUCUUAGAGUCUUAGCAUAUCGGACAGAGAGGUUUGAGGAGCUUAAGAGGCAAGAAAAAAAACA